GAGCGUUCAAUCCACCUAGCAUAAAACACCAUGGGUAGAAGAGCGAAAAACAAACAAGGGGUUCCUCCUUCAUUUGAAGAGUUCCAAGCCAAGAAGGAUAGGAGAGAUAAGAAAUUACAGAAGAGAAAGGUUGAGCUGGUCGAAGAGCCCAAGCCUGAAAAAACUUUCAAGAAGUCCAAACCCACCAAACCAGUGGAAUCAAAACCUGUUGCUCCUGUGGAAGCCGACUUGAACCAAGAUGAAGAAGUUGAGAGUGCAAAGAAGGCUUUAUUUGACGAUUCCGACGACGAACUUGAAGGCGAAACCUUAGACGACCUUGAGGAUGAUGAGUUCCCUGAAGAUGAGUUUGUAGAUUCAGAUGAGGAAGGAAGAGAAAGACCAAUGUUUUCGGAUGACGAAGAUGAAGACAUCGAAAACCUUAAUGCUGCUAACAUGGAAGCGUUAUCUAGAAGAUUAGAAGAAGAAGAAGAAUUAGAAGCUGAAGAAGCUGAAGAGGAAUUAUUGCAUGGAGCUGCUCAACCAAGAGCUCAAGUAUUACCUACUG